CGGGAGCUGCAUUUGAAGUGGACGGGAGGAAUCGUCAAUGAGUUCUAUGAACAGGGUGACGAAGAGGCCAGUCUGGGUCUUCCCAUCAGCCCCUUCAUGGACCGCUCGUCUCCCCAGCUGGCCAAGCUGCAGGAAUCCUUCAUCACGCACAUUGUGGGGCCUCUGUGUAAAUCGUACGAUGCCGCCGGAUUGCUGCCGGGGAAAUGGAUAGACGAGGACAGCGAGGAAAUGGAGAGCGAAGGUGACGAUGAUGAGGAUGGUGAUGACUUUGAGUCGGACGAUGAAGAGGUGGACGAGGACAAUCCCAAGCCUCAGAGACGGAAAGGUAGGAGGCGGAUGUACUCCCAGAUCAUGCACCACCUCCGGGAGAACCACAAGGUAUGGAAGAAGACCAUCGAGGAAGAGGAGAAGGCCAAAGCAGACAACAGCAAAGCGCCCAGCGAAGGGUCCUCGUUACCCCCGUCAGAUGAAAUCCAGGUCAUCGAAGAGGCAGACGAGGAGGAAGAAAGACAAUUGGGAGAGGAGAGGAGAUGCUGA